AUGGCGUCGGCUGCUGACGUGGCAUUGGCCAAGGUGGUGCAGCUCUUCUCUGCGCACGUGCCUGGUGAUGGUGACACGACAGAAGCAUUUCUCAAGAAGGUCCUCAAGGUCUGCUGCCAGAUGCCUGAUGCUGACCUGGACCGCCUCUUGCAGGCAGUGGACACACAACAAACUGGAAAGGUCAUGCUGAGCCAAUUCAUCAACUGGAUGUUCCGCACUUUUGAAGACAAGAUCGAGGAGUGGACAACAGACGAUGAGUUAGAGGGCUUCUCUUCGGCGCUUCCACCAGGAACCGAGAAGCUGACACUGAGCUUUGUCUGCCCAGACAAAUUCACGGACAAAGCCUUGGGCUACAUCGGGGCAGGUUUGCCAGCGACAUUGCAGAAACUGGCGCUGGCUCUGGAGUUCUCGUGGACGGAGUGCAAGAUCACGUCCGAUGGAUUCGCCCGAUUGGCAACUGGUUUGCCGAAGGGCCUGACUUCUCUGGAUCUCAUCAUCAGAAACGAUGAGCUUCCCGACAAGGCACUUCAAAGCUUGGCUGCCACUCUGCCGCCCGCGUUAACUCGGGCAAUGCUGAGUUUCAAGGACAACACGGAGUUCACUGACCAGGGGAUGUGUGAGCUCCUGGCCAGCUUGCCUGCCACUCUACUUGAGCUCAUCAUUAAUGUUGAUGCGAACCCGCGUUUGUCGGACCGAAUGCUGGAAGCGUUUGCUGACUGGUUGGGCAAAUCGGGCUCUGGCUUGCAAAAGCUGUACCUCAUCAGCAACAGCAGCAAGUACACCCAUAACGGCUUGAAGCAGCUUUGCGCUGCAUUGCCCAGCAUGAAGGAGCUAAGGCUUGAGUUCCAGUCCAGCGAGGCCGAUCCUGAUCUCGGCAGCCAGUUUGUGGUGUCUCCAGACAAUUCAAUCACUUUCAUGGGCAGUGGAAGCUCGGCGUAG